AUGGUUCCCAAUGCCACCUUUUUACUGGACGCCCGUCAGGGUACCCGAACCAUCCUGUACCCAGUCACUCCCCGCAGACACCUGGCACACCUCCUCCCCCUCCGCUCGGCAGCGGGACCCUACCUUUCAUGCGCCGAACCCCCGCGUCCACACCUCCCCACACUCUGGUCUUUCAUUCCAAAGCCCCCACCCCGUGACCUCCUCACUUCUUAUCCAAACCUCCCUCCAUCCUCCUCCUCCCGCCCCACGCCGGUUCCGGGCCCUCCCCUCCUUCCCAUCCAAUCCCAAUUCCCAGGCACACGCCCCCGCCCCGAAUCCAUCCCUCGCUGGGUCCAGGCCUUCCCGCCUUCGCCGCUGGUCCCCACCCGCUCUGCCUGGAGGCCGGAGAACGGCCUAGACCAGGCCUGGCACUCACCACGAAGGAGCGGGGCCGAGCAAGCCCGCCGGCCGAGGCCGGGCGGAGAGGGGCCGGCAGUUCCCUUCAGGCGCCCAGCGGCGCGGCAGCCAUUUUGUUGUGUUGUGCCGGUUGCCGUGGGGCCGUGCGCGCCGCGUGGGCGGAGCCUGCCGCGGUCACGCCCCUCCCCGGAGCUUGGGGGCGGGACCAGGCUUCCCGCCGCUCAGUUUGCCAGGCCCGCGGGCGCGCAAAGGCGCGUGGGAGCCCGCGCGAGGCGAGAUUUCCUGCUGCAGGCGGCGAGAGGCCCCGCUCUUUUCUCUGAGGCGAAGCGGCCGACUUCUCUUGCUCAGGCCUUGACACGCUCCGCGGGGGCUGGGCCUGAGGACGACCUGAGAGACCGAUGUAACUGUGUCACCAAGCCCCCGCAUUUCCAUUGCUGGCCGUCUGGCUUUGAACUGGUGUGCCUCGCCGCACUCUCCUCCUUCGCACGGCCCGUUUCUGAGGCGAAUUCUCUUCGUCAGGGGCCAGACAGGCCAGACGUAGAUGAACCUCUGAGGGAACGCAGUGUAGGCUUCAGAUGCCCCCGAGGUGACGGGAAUGAGAGCAGCCUGGGAGUCCUGGCUGAGAAUAGUCCUCAGUGUAUUUUUUUCUACUUGGGAAGAAGUUGGGGACAGGAGCAAAUAUAUGUUGUCUCAGCACCUGAUGUAUUCUAUGUUGGAACCUCUGAAAAUGUAGUAAUUCAAAUUCAUGGAGACACAAAAUCAUUUCCAGUGACCAUUGCUGUUAAAAGUUAUCCUGACAGAAGUUUUACAUAUUCUUCUGACUAAGUUAAUUUAUCUCCAGAAAAUGAAUUUCAAAGCUCUGCAAGCCCAACUAUACAACCAAAAGACUUAUCUGGAGGACCAAAUGCAAUUUCACAUGUAUAUUUAGAAGUUUUAUCUACUCAUUUUUCAAAAGCAGCAAAAAUUCCACUACACUAUGACAAUGGAUUUCUCGUCAUUCAGCCAGACAAAUCUAUUUACAAUUCAGAUCAGUCAGUAAAAGUUAGAGUUUAUUCAUGGGAUGAAACUAAACCACUGCAAAAAGAAGUUAUCUUAACUUUUAUAGAUCCAGAAGGGUCAGAAGUUACUGAGACCGAAAAAAAAAUUUUUACUGGAAUUAUCAGUUUUCCUGACUUCACGAUUCCACCUAAUCCUAAGUAUGGUUUAUGGACAAUUAAAGCUAAAUACAAGGAGGACUUUACAACAACAGGAACUGCAUACUCUGAGAUUAAAAAUCGUGGUAAUUUCUCAUAAAUUAUUGAGAUUUCCAAUGUAUGUUUUUACAAAACCACUCUCAAUAACUUUGAGAUUUGCCUGAAGGGCAGGUAUUCUUACAAUAAGAAUGUAACUGAAGCUAAAGUUUCUGUUUCUUUUGGGAUAAGAGAAAAUUUAAAUGACAGCAGAAAAGAAAUGGUGCUUGAAGCAACACAGAAAACAAAGUUGAUUGAUGGAGUUGCACGAUGCAUUUUUAACACAUCAGAAGCUAUCGAAAAACUGUCAUAUAAAAGCCUAAAAUAUUUAAAUAACAAGUAUCUUAAUAUUUUUGUGGAAGUCCAAGAAAGUACAGGUAGACUCUUCCAAUAAACCAAACUAACUGGUGUCAAAUAUGUCCUGUCUCCUUACACACUGGAUUUGGUUGCUACUUCUCUCCUCCUGAAACCUGGGAUUCCAUAUUCCAUAAAGGUCCAGGUGAGGGAUGCAUUCACCCAUUUCGUAGGAGGGAUUACAGUAACCCUGAAAGCAAGAACAGUGGAUAAAACUCAGAAGACGACGGAUCUGGUUCCAAGAAAAAGCACAACAAAUUAUAUUGAUGGAGUGGCUUCGUUUAUGGUUAAUAUUCCCUCUGAUGUGGCAGCUCUGGAGUUUCACGUUAGAACUGAUGACCCAGACCUCCCAGAAGAAUAUCAGGCCAGCAAUGACUAUCAAGCAGUAGCCUACUCAUCACGCAGCCGAAGUUUCCUUUUACUUAGCUGGACAGACCGUUACAAGAGUUUGCUUGUGGGAGAACAUCUGAGGGUAACGGUUACCCCUAAAAGUCCGUAUGUUGACAAGAUCACACACGACAGUUAUGUGGUAAGUUCAAAAGGGCAGAUUGUACACUUUGGCACAGAGAGGAAACUCCCAGGUUCAUCUUACCAACUUUUAAACCUUUCCGUGACUCAACACAUGGUUCCUACAGCCUGUGUACUGGUCUACUGUCUUGUCACAGGAAAGCAGAUGGCAGGAUUAAUGUCUGACUCACUCUGCCUAAACAGGGAAGAAAACUGUUCCUCUUGAAUGACUAUCUAUCUGUCUCCAAAUAAAGAUAUAUAUUCUCCAGAUGAAGCUAUAUAUACUCUUAUUAUGGAAACUCAGUCAGAAUCAUGGGUAGCAUUGUCAUCAGUGAGAAGUGAUGUUUAUGGCUUCCAGGAAAGAAGCAAAAAUCAUAUGGAAAGAAUACUUCAAUCUUUAGAUAAAAAUGACCAUGACUGUGGAACAGGUGGUGGCAGGAAUAAUGCGGAAGUGUUCUACUUAGCAGGACUCACGGUCCUCACCAAUGCAGAUGACUCCCAACAAGAUGAGCAGUUGUAUUAUCGUCUCCGCAUCCACAUUCAAACACCCUCUGAUCCAGAAGUGCUGUUACAGUGGAGCCCCUCGGCGGGAAGAGGCGUGGGAGGAGCGGGCUGCGCGCGUUACCGUCAGCCAGAACGGUGUCAGACCUUCCGCUCGGUGCUGCAGCCUCCGCCCAAAGUGAGGCUGGAGGGAGGAUUCCUUCAUCCCUGUGAUUCUGGGAAGGCGAGGUACACGUCACAGCUCCCCUCCGUGCAGCGCAGUGAGAGGACACUGGCAGAGUUUGUGCUGCCAUGGGAAGGAGCGCUUCCAAACUUGGUUUAA